GGGCGCGGGGACGGUUCGGCGCCGCGUUACUGACCGUCCAGUGCCGGCACGGCGGUCUGACGGCCGUGGAGUGAAUGGCGAGGUGCAGCCGCAAGUGACGCGAUCUUUUGUGGGCUCGGAAAGACCGCUUUUCCGUCUUGGGAACGCAAGUGGCCAACCUGGUUUUUCUUCCGGUCAUCGUCGCACCGACACCGCCCUGCGAGUCAGCGGUGGCGGCGGCGGCAGCAGCGGCUCGACCAGACAACAGCGAUGACAUGCGAGGCGGUGACGCGGUGCCGGGCUGACUGACCCCGCUGCUGACCGGGCCACAGUGCUGCCGGCGUGGCCGCUGCCGUGCGGUGGCCGCUGGGGUGCCGCUGCGGCGCGUGAGCUCGACACCGUCUGCGUGACCUCGUCCGCCAUGUACCCGUCUGUCAACGGCACCUGGACCAAGCGGCUGAUGAUCUACCCGGAGGAUGAGGAGGCGAACGGGCUGCGGGUGCCGCUGCGUCCGGUGGGCCAGCGCGGCUAUGGCCUGGACCGCAACCGACGCUCGUCGGCCGAGGACUUCGGCUCGACCAGCGAGGAGGACGAGAUGGUGCUGCACCCGCUGGAGAGCGUGCUCAAGCAGAUCCGCGACAGGCCCGUGCAGCCGCGCCGGUGGGCGUACUGCUGCUCCGGCGUCAUGUUUGCCGGCACCAUCGGCCUGGUGGUGGGCUUCACUAUGGCCUACGGCCUCUUCCUGUCGCUGGAGGCGCCGUGCGCCCACUCCCGCGUCUGGCUGAUGGGCUCGCGCCACGUGCGCCAGCGACUGAUGAGCGACGUCCGGCCGGAGAACAUCGCCCAGACGCUCAGGGAGCUGACCCGGCGACCGCACCUGGCCGGCACGCCCGAGAACGACCGGCUGGCCGCGUACGUGGCCGACACAUGGCGUGACCAGGGCCUGGACAAGGUGGAGGUGUUGCCGUACGAAGUGCUGCUCUCAUACCCGGACGAGCAGAAGGCUAACCUGGUGCGCGUGCUGGACGGGUCGGGCAGCGCCGUGUUUACGGCCCGCCACCGGCAGCCACCAGUGCGCGCACCUGAGGAGAGCGACCCGACCGUGCCGCAGAACUUCAACGCCUACUCGGCCACCGGCAAGGUCGAGGCCAAGAUCGUCUAUGCCAAUUAUGGACGUGAAGAGGAUUUCCUUCUUCUGGCGUCCUUGAAUAUCACUGUCAAGGAUUUGAUCGUCAUCGCAAGAUACGGGAAAAUAUUCCGAGGAAAUAAGGUGGCGAUGUGCGAGCAGCUGGGCUGCGCCGGCCUCAUCUUGUACAGCGACCCGGCCGACUCAGCGCCGGACGGCCUGGGCGCCGUCUACCCGGACACGGUGUACCUGCCGGCCGGCGGCGCCCAGCUGGGUACCAUCUUCUCCGGCACCGGCGACCCGCUCACACCGCUGUACCCGUCCAUCGAGGGCGCGUUUCGGCUGAACGAGUCGGAAGCGACCCUGCCCCGGAUUCCCGUGCAGCCAAUCAGCGCCGAGGACGCCUACCAGCUGCUCCGGCUGAUGCCGCCGACAGCAGCGGCGCCGGCCGACUGGGUGGGCGGCCUGAACCUGACCUACGGCCUGGGCCCUGGCCCGGCGCGGCCCGACUGGACGGUCCAGCUUGACAUCCACACACACAACCGACGUGCCAACGCCACCAACGUCAUCGCCACGCUGCGCGGCUACGAGGAACCCGACCGGUACGUGUUGGUGGGCAACCAUCGCGACGCGUGGAUCUUCGGCGCCAUCGACCCAUCCUCCGGCACGGCCGCCAUGCUGGAGCUCAGCCGCGUGCUUGCCAACCUGCGCAAGGACACGGGCUGGCGGCCGCGCCGCUCCAUUGUCUUCUGCAGCUGGGGCGCCGAGGAGUACGGCCUGGUGGGCUCCGUUGAGUGGGUGCAGCACCGGCGCCAGCAGCUGGCCGCGCGCGCCAUCGCCUACCUCAACGUCGACCUCACGAUAAACGGCAACGAGACGCUGCGCGCGCUGGGCGUGCCGCUGCUGCACGACCUGCUGUUCGAGUCGGCGCGCGCCGUGGCCAACCCGAACCCGGCCGAGGUGGCGGCCGGCCGGCGCACCGUCUACGACACCUGGCUGCUGCACCGGCUCGACAACGAGACCGGCCUGCCGGCUGUCAACGUACCAGGCGAUGGCAGCGACCACAAGGGCUUCAUCCACAACGAGGGCAUACCCGCCGUCGACGUGUGCUACGACGUAAGUGUCGGAGCGACCUCAGCCGAGACCCAGGCCGAGACUGAGACCCAGACCCAGACCCAGACCGAAGCUGAGACCGAGAUCCAGACCGAGACUGAGACCCAGACCCAGACCGAAACCGAGACCGAGAUCCAGACCGAGGCCGAAACUGAGACCCAGACCCAGACCGAAGCUGAGACCGAGAUUCAGACCGAGACUGAGACCCAGACCCAGACCGAAACCGAGACCGAGAUCCAGACCGAGGUGCCCCUGCCGGGCAAGGGCAGCGACUACAAACAGUUCCUGACUGUGGAGGGCAUCCCCAGCACGGACCACCGGAGAAAGCGCACCUACUCCAUGUACCACACGCUGUACGAGACGUACUUUCUGGUGACGGAGCUGGCUGACCGCGGUCUGCACUUCACCGCCGCCGUCGCCAAGAUGUGGGGCGAGAUGGCCCGACGGCUGGCUGACGACCCGGUGAUUCCGUUCAACGUGGUCAACUACGCCACCUACCUGCAGAAGUCGUUCGAGACGGUGCACACCACGUUCGGCGCGCUGCUGGAGGAGAAUGGCGCCUCGCUGCGAUACGUCAAAGCCGCAAUCGAUGACUUCGCCGAGGCGGCGUCCCACUUCCAUGACCACUUCCUGCGACUGCUGGAUCUAGACAAUCCGCUGGCAGUGCGGCAGGCCAACGACAUCCUGAUGGGCGUGGAGCGGUCGUUCGUGGACCCGCACGGCCUCCCCGACCGGCCCGAAUUCAAUCACGUGAUCUUCUCGCCGAGCUCGCUGGACGGCUACACGGGCGUGACGUUCCCGGGGCUGGUGGACCUGCUGCACGGAGUGGAGGAGCUGCCGGCCAAGGAGCGCGCCGCCCGCUGGCAGAAGAUCCGGCAGCACGUGUCCGUACUGAGCUAUCUGAUCGGGAGCGCCGCGCACGGGCUGGCGCAGGACGUGUAGCGCCGCCCGGCCACCGGCCACCGGCGGCGCCGGUGCCGGCGCCCCACAGCAACGCCGCCGUCGUCAGGCGGCGGGUGUCUCCGCGCAGGGAAGCGCUGUGUGGAGUGGCGUGUCGCGGCCGGGGAGCAGCCGUGCAUCUAUCGGUCGGGAGCGGUGGCCGGCUGGUGGGAGGCAAGUGCCAGUCUCUGAGUUGGCUCCCAGGCGUGUGUCGUGUCGGUGCUGAUGCGAGGGCUUUGGAGGGCCCGGCGCGUGGUUGUGGUAGGAAUGGGCGUGGCGUAACGACGCCUUCUCAUGCAAUACGCGGUACAACUGAGGUGAGUGCCUGUCAGUCCACGAUCCACUGUGAUAUCAAAGAGCGUGGCAGGUUGUGCAGCUGCGCGUGCGGGUCGCUGGGUAUGCGCCUUUCUAGGACGGGUGAUGUCGAGAAACCAUCGCUUGCAACCACAUAUCGAGGCGGUUGAGGAUCUGGAGCUGCUUUUACGAAGUGCAUGUGAAAGGGCUCCUGCAUUUUGUAAGGGCUUCUGAUGUAACAAUAACUGCGAGCGUGUCAUGUUGUGGUACCGUCGGACUUCCAGCAUACAUACGUAAGAACCGGACGUCUGGUUCUCGUCGCCAGGUGCCUUUUCACACAAUGCGCCAUGCGACGUCCAACGCUACUGAAUAACAGGAUGACUGGCUUACGGGUGUUGAAGAGCCCGCUAUUCAUAGAUGGCCAGGGGCAUUCUCGCAAGCGUUCAAGGCGUGCGUUGAUAUGAAGAUCUUUGCUGCAAAUGUGCGCUGUGUUGUGUACCUCGCGAUGUGCACGAUUGUAGCCUUGAUACAGUUUUAUGAACUCGCGAGUCUGCUUUUUCCCGCGCGACCGCGUUUUCGUACCUAAUGGAGGCGAUGCCUCGGCCGUUGUGUUGCUGGUCAGUGAAGCAAUUGUAACUAAUUGUAUGCGACUAAUAAAGGGUUUUCAUUUG